GUGUGUGUGUGUGUGUGUUCUCCCCUCUUCCUCUCUGUCAGACGUUCCUCUUCCUCAGAGGAGCAGCCUCCGCUCAGCAGGCGGAUGAAGGAGCUGCAGCGUCGACACAACGAGUUUCGACGCCUCCUAUUGGGGGGCCAUGCUCCCUACAGCGCCGGCCACGCCUUCCUGACCUCCACAUCCAGCCCCCCCCUCCCCAGGACUGAGGGCCAGCAGGCCAACAUCCCAGAGGAGCAGCACCAGAGGGAGCUGGCUCUGCUGCGCCGCCGGCUGGAGGACCUGGAGAGCGCCCAGCAGCAGCAGCUGCAGGACCUGGGCUCUCUGAGGGACCCCCCCCAGCCUGACCUCUGACCCCAUUGGAACUGCAUUAGCAAGGACACCAGCAGUGUUUUUAUAUCAAUGGAAGCAUCAUUUGUUGGCUUAUUUAAACAAAGUAGAGGUGAAAAGAGAGGCCAGCGUUUACAUGUGUUUCUAUCAUUGUAAGGCCGCUGCAGCUUCAUGUCAAAGUGAGCCUGGCAUCCUCAGGGUUGAAUUUUGUAUUUAGAUGUUUGUUGUUUACACACAUUUGUUCUGAAGCUUUCUGUGAAAAAACAAAGUUUUUAUACAGCGAUUUAAAUAACAUGGCUCUUCCAUCUGUGAAUUGCACAAUGUACAUACACAGAGUUCAUGUCAUAUAUUGAAAUAAAUGAUUAGAAGAUACCGUUUUUUCUGAUAUCAGUGGUUUGACUUAUUCAAGAUGACUCAAGGUCCUAGAAUCACAAAAUUGUGUGGCAACAAAUCUGUUUACGUAAAGGAACUGCGACCUGGGGCCUAUACUACGAAGCAGGAUUCUCGCUUAGCCGGCUAACUUCAGGGAAAACUCGGGGUUUCCGGUCCUACGACGCUGG